CAUGGAGUUCAGUUCCGGUUUAAAGAUUACGUUUUUCCUCUUGUCAUGUAGGAACGUGGGUUCAACUCGAGCAAACAAAUAUAUAUUUUUAUUGACAAAAAAGUGGACAAAUAAAAAACAGCUUCGAUGUCUUCGUACACCUGCAUCAGCUGCCGCGUUCAGUUCGUCGACGCCGACGUGCAGCGCGCACACUACAAGACCGACUGGCACCGGUACAACCUGAAGCGCAAGGUAGCCAGCAUGCCACCGGUUACGGCUGAGAACUUCCAGGAGCGUGUGCUGGCCCAGCGAGCGGCUGCCGAACAGCAGCUGGCAGACGCGCACAGCCUCUCCACCUGCACCACCUGCAAUAAAAAGUUCUCCAGCACCAACGCCUACAACAACCACUUGCAGUCGCACAAGCACCAGCAAGCCGAGAAGAAAGCAGUGGCCGUCGCCCAGGAGGCGGUGCAGCGCAUGAACGAGAAGAACUUGGAGAAAGGAGCCGAGUUGGACAAGGACGCUCAGAACGAGGCGAUUCAGAAAGCCAUGAGGGAGGGCCUGAGGCCGAAACCAAGACAUGCCAACUCCGAAACUGCACCUCCAGACAGACAGGAGAGAAGGAGGCUCGGUAAAGCGCCACGCCUGGAAUGGUUUGAGCGGCAAGCCAAGAAGAUCGCGAGUGAGGAAGGGGAGGAUGAGGAGGAAGAGGAUGAAGCAGAUGAAGAAGAAUGGGAGGAUUGUGACGACACCAAUGAUGAUGAGGUGGAGAUGGAGGCUGAAGACGAGGAUCCGACGGAGGAGGGCGCCGUAGCCGAGCCCACUCCUGCUUCGGGCUCCAUCCACGUGACCGACUGUCUGUUCUGUUUGCACCACUCGCACUCUUUGAGCAAAAACAUGGCCCACAUGACCAAAGAGCACAGCUUCUUCAUCCCCGACAUCGAGUACCUGGUGGAUCUCCGAGGAUUAAUGGCGUAUCUGGGAGAGAAGGUGGGUUUCGGCAAAGUGUGCUUAUGGUGCAACGAGAAAGGCAAGUCGUUCUACUCUAUCGAAGCGGUGCAGGCGCACAUGAGCGACAAGAGCCACUGCAAACUCUAUACCGACGGAGACGCGGCGCUCGAGUUCGCCGAUUUCUACGACUUCAGGAGUAGCUACCCUGACGCUCGUGACGGAACCGAUGUAGAAAUGAAGGACGGAGGGCUUCCCGACGAGAAGACGGUGGAGUUCGAUGACGAUACUCUCGAGCUCACUCUGCCGUCCGGGGCGAAGAUCGGUCACCGCUCGCUCAUGCGUUACUAUAAGCAGCGUUUCGGGACGCAGAGGGAGCUGGUACCUGCACAUAACCAGCGUGCAGUGGGACGGGUCCUAAGGCAGUACCAGGCUCUGGGCUGGGCUGGAGAAUCUGGUAAAGGCUCAGGGGUCAAGCAGCAGAAGGACAUGCGAUACGUCCAAAGGAUGAAGUCGAUGUGGAUGUUGAGGACGGGAAUGAGCAACAACGCAACCAAGCAGCCCCACUUCAGGGCCCAGGUCAUGUUUUAAACCUGGUUCGAAUGUCGGAGACACCGUGGCCCUUGGCCUCCUUAAGGACCUUAUGAAUUUUCUUUAUGAAUGACCACCGUUCAGGACAUUUGUAGAAAUAAAAAAAAAAAAUAAUCGAAUUAUACACACAUUAUUGAACUGUCUAAAACCACAAAACAAUUCAGAAACUCUGAGUCUGGAAAAAAUUGCGAGCUCUGUGUUGUACAAAAGAAAUCACGAAUAUUACAACUCGCUGUACAAAUCUUUCCUGUACACUAGUUUAUAAAAUAAAUUUUUCUUUUUUGCGUAUGACCUCA